AUGGCCGACCCUCUCUCCCUUGCGGCCUCCGUAGCUGGCCUUCUGACUAUCUCCUCACAGAUAGCCAAGUUCCUCUGUGAUGCAAUCCCCCGGGCGCGAUCGGCUCCCUCGGAUAUCAGAUCGCUUAGUAGCGAGCUCGGAGCGCUAUGUGAGGCUCUCGCGAACAUUGAAACAGCCGUCAGCCAAAACGAUCUUUCCAACCACCCCAGAUUUCCGAAGGAUCACCUCGCCAAUGUUUUGGAUUCCAUUAUGAAGGAUUUUAUCCUUUUGCAAACCGCCAUCUCAGAGACCGUUGGCAACGCUGCCGAGAGCGUACUCACGCGAUGGGGAAAGCGCGUCAAUUGGAUUUCUCGUGAGGCCGAGGGAGAGGCCUUUCGAAACAAGCUGGAAGCCUACAAAACUACUCUCUUUAUUAUAAUAACGACCGCUUCAUUACUUACCACAACUGCCACAUCGGAGGAAAUCCAAGCCCUGAGAACUGAGCUCCGACAACUAUCCGAACGUCUUGGGCAAUGCAUGACUCGAAGCCCUCGGGAGACGGAGACCCAGAGCCCAAAGAAAACCAUAUAUACGUCAACUAUGUCAGGGAUUACUUUACGGAGACGAAGCUCAACCGUCACGACACCCGGCCAGAGCGAUCUUUCGCUGAGCGGUAAUAGAAGCGAAACGUCAGGCCCUAGCGAUGGGCCCGGCUAUGCGGCUUCAGUUUGCAGCAAUCGAUCGGUCCACAGUCAACUCAGUUCAAGCAUCUGUGUCAUUAGUCAAUCGUCUGUGGAUUCCCUCCAUGUACCCUCGGAUAACGCCGCUUCCUCGGAUGCGGCACCAUCAGAGCUGGAGCCUCAUGUAAACACACCCAUUCGGCAGCUCCGCGCGUGCACGUGCAUGGUGCUGCUCCGGAUGACUUACCAGAACUCGAGAAGUCAGGGACUCACUGAGAAGAUCGUCCAUGACAUUCGCCAUCUGGAAAUGUGCGCUAUACUACUCGGGAUAAUGUGGUACUUUGGGGGCUAUCCCGUCGGAGCUCCUUCAGGAGAAGAGUCUUAUGCCAGCAGAGUUGAAGAAGAUAUUGAUUCCGCAGGCACGUAG